AUGGAUCAUACUCAAAAAUACUCAGCAAAUUCUUCAGAAAUCGACUAUAUAGAAAGAAUCCUCAAUCUAAUUUGUUGCCCAACUGGUCAAGAAAUGGUUACUUCUCAAAAAGAUCAAGGGAAUAUUUCAGAAAGCAGCCCACUUGUGAAAGGUAUGGAUAAUGAAGCAAAUGUAGGCGCAGAAGAUAACACUGCAAGCUAA